AUGUUUGCCAGAAUGUCUGAUCUCCAUGUUCUGCUGUUAAUGUUUCUGGCGGGAAAGACAGCCUUCGGGUUCUCCCUCCUGUCUUUACUCACCGACCCGGACCCAGAUUGGACUCUCGACCAGUAUGAGUACAGCCAAGAGUAUUACGACCAGGAGGGGAAUGCCAGCAGUGCUCUAGGCCAUCCCGAGAAUCCUGACUGGUACUACGCGGAGGACGAUCCAUGCCUGUCCAACCCCUGUGCACAUGGUGGGGACUGCCUCAUCAGCGGGGCCACAUUCACCUGCAGCUGUCCAGCCCCUUUCUCUGGAAACAGGUGUCAGAAUGUGCAAAACAAAUGCAAGAACAACCCAUGUGGCCGAGGAGACUGUCUCAUUACUCAGAGUUCUCCUUACUACCGCUGUGCCUGUAAACACCCUUACAGGGGUGAAGACUGCUCCAGAGCGGUUCCUGCAUGCAGGCCAAAUCCCUGCCAAAAUGGCGGCACCUGCUCCCGGCAUAGGCGGAGAUCCAAGUUCACCUGCACCUGUCCUGACCAGUUCAAGGGGAAACUCUGUGAAAUAGGUUCUGAUGACUGCUAUGUUGGCGAUGGCUACUCUUACCGAGGGAAAGUGAGUAAGACAAUCAACCAGCACUCGUGCCUUUACUGGAACUCCCACCUCCUCUUGAAGGAGAAUUACAACAUGUUCAUGGAGGACGCUGAGGCCCAUGGGAUUGGGGAGCACAACUUCUGCAGAAACCCAGAUGGAGACAAAAAGCCCUGGUGUUUCUUUAAAUUAAACAAUGCAAAGUUGAAAUGGGAGUACUGUGAUGUCCCCUCCUGCUCUGCUCUAGAUGUUGCCCACGCAGAGCCCCUGACCAAACUUCCCGAGUUUGACUCAUGCGGGAGGACUGAGAUAGCAGACAGGACGGUCAAGAGGAUCUACGGCGGCUUUAAGAGCACAGCGGGCAAGCACCCAUGGCAGGCGUCCCUGCAGACCUCGUUGCGACUGACCAUCUCCAUGCCCCAGGGCCAUUUCUGUGGGGGGACGUUGAUCCACCCCUGCUGGGUGCUGACUGCCGCCCACUGCACCGACUUAAAAGCCAAAUAUCUAAAAGUGGUGCUAGGGGACCAGGACCUGAAGAAGACAGAAUUCCACGAGCAGAGCUUUGGGGUGGAGAAGAUACUCAAGUACAGCCACUAUGACGAAAGAGAUGACAUUCCCUACAACGACAUUGCUUUGCUCAAGCUAAAGCCAGUGGACGGUCACUGUGCUCUGGAAUCCAAAUAUGUGAAAACUGUAUGUUUGCCUGAUGGUCCCUUUCCCCCUGGGACUGAGUGUCACAUCUCCGGCUGGGGUGUUACAGAAACAGGGGACGGGUCCCACCAGCUCCUGGACGCCAAGGUCAAGCUCAUCAGCAACACUGUGUGCAACUCCCGCCAACUGUAUGACCACAUGAUCGAUGACAGUAUGAUUUGUGCAGGAAACCUCCAGAAGCCUGGGCAAGACUCCUGCCAGGGUGACUCUGGAGGCCCUCUGACCUGUGAGAAGGACGGUACCUACUACGUCUAUGGGAUCGUGAGCUGGGGCCUGGAGUGUGGGAAGAAGCCAGGAGUCUACACCCAAGUGACCAAAUUCCUGACUUGGAUCAAAGCCACCAUGGAAAGUGAGGCUAGCUUUUGA